AUGGCGAGGCCUGGGCGCGUAGCGCUGGCGACCCCGCGGUCGGCCGGUCUUGGAGGCUCGGGACAGCCGCAGGCGCGGCGGCAGCAGCAGUCUCAGGGACGGCAGCGCUCGGCCUCAUGGCCGGGACAGCGCAGCAAAGAAAAGAAGAAAGUGAAUUGCAAGCCUAAGAACCAGGAUGAGCAAGAAAUCCCUUUUCGGCUCCGAGAAAUUAUGAAGAGCAGACAGGAGAUGAAAAAGACGCUAAGUAACAAGAAGAGAAAAAAGGAGGCCCAGGUGGCUUUCAAGACGACAUUGGAAAAGGAAGCGAAGGGAGAGGAGCCAGACAUCACUGUCCCCAAGUUCAAGCAAAGGAAGGGGGAGUCUGAUGUGGCCUAUGUCCAGCGCAUGGAGCAGGAGGCCCAGCAUGUGCUGUUCCUUAGCAGGAACCAGGCCCCUCGGCAGCCAGAGGUGCAGGCAGCUCCCAAGAAGGAGAAGUCUGAGCGGAAGAAAGCGUUCCAGAAGCGACGACUGGAAAAGGCCCAGAAGAAAAGGGAAGCAAGAGCAGUGGACAAGUUGGAGCAGGAGCUACUGAAAGAUACUGUGAAGUUUGGAGAAGUUGUGCUGCAGCCCCCAGAGCUGACAGUUCAGCCUAGGAGGAGCACAAGCAGAGAUGCGCCUGGCAAGAAAUCACUAAUGCUGAAGAAGAUGCUGUUGGGUCCUGGUGGCGGGUCCCCAGCUCCGGCCACCUCACUGGCCCGCCGGCGAAUCCUGGGGGAAGAGCGGGAGCGGGCUGUGCAGGCUUACAGAGCCCUGAAGAAGCUACAUCGACAGGAAAUGACACCUGCACAGCCACCAGGCGGCUCUUCCCAGAGGCAGGUCGGCGCUUAUCUGUGAUGCAGAGACCCAGGGGUCCCCUGGAAACUGGUCUGGGAGCUGCUAGACCUGGGUAAGGGAGAGGCAGCAGAUGUUCUCCCUGGAUGAGGUCCUGAGAGUAAGCGUUCAGUUUGGAAGGGUGCAUCUCCUUCCUCUGAAGGUUGUCCUUAUAAGAGUGACGGCCACGGUAUCCCGUCUCGUCCAGGGCAGGCCCCCCACCCCCCAGCACUUGCCUGAGACACAGCUGGAAGGACUGAUAUUUUCCCUGAGCCUAAGUUCAUUCUGAAACAAGUUACAGCUGAGGCGAGCCAGGACCACUGUAGAAUGGACUCAAUCCCUUAAUCCAGCUAAUUACUGAGGCUGCUGGUGUAGGUCACCCUAUUGUUUUAAGCAGCUUCCAUGGGCUCACUGCAACCAUUGGAAGGCAGGGGCAGAGCAAAGCAGGUUAGUGGGCUGGUGGAAGGGCAAGUGGAGGUUGGCAAUCAGCACAAUUUUUUUUUUCUUCAAGACAGGGUUUCUCUGUAUAGCUCUGGCUGUCCUGGAACUCACUUUGUAGAC